AUGACCGGAAACGAGAGUGCGAUGAAUUUGACCAGGAAAGCAAUCGAGGAACAUUGGCGGGUAUCGGAUGACGGUGAUACCGAAGCCGAAUACGCCAUCUAUGCCACUACCCGCAAUCAGGGGAGCGUUUCAAAAGGUCGUGCGGCAAUUUCUGCACAGCGUGGUGGACAUCCGGCUGACCGGCAUUUUACCGUGCUACGGAUCUCAGGCGACGGCCAUCUAUGGGUGAGCGAGUGCAUCAUCACCUAUGACGGAGUACCAACAUACUCAGUCUCCAUCAUGCAGUUUGCUCGCGAGCUUGUGGUACAAGAGACACAGUACUUCACUGAUAAAUUCAGUGCACCUACGUGGCGGGCAGCGCUCGCCGAGCCUAUACCAGGCAGGCAUAUCGCAGAGGCAUGA